CAUCAUGUAUUAUGCGCAUGCUCUUACCUUAACAUAUCGUUCAUAGGUUAUAUGAGACCAACGUGCCGAUUUUGUUAAAAAGUUAUAAUUAUUUAGUGUAACAAAAUAAUGGCGAAAUUUAAAAAAUCUUUGCAGGAUAAGGAAGUGCCUGCUGUAAAAUGUAUGAAAAAGUCCAUUGUAAAGAAAUUCAGCAAAAGGAAAGAUAAUAAAGGAUCUUUGAGUGACACAUACAGAAAUGAUUUAAAGAAAUUAAAUGUAGCUAAUAAAAUUGCAAGAACGGUAUCUACAAGUAGAAAAAACAGAAAAAACAGAAGAAAGGAUGGUUCUAGGAAUAAAUUUGAUGUAAAAAAUAUAGAUAAGUCAAAUAUUCCAACAAGACAUUCAAAAAAUGAUAAGAAACCACCAGGGAUAUUACAAAAAGUACAAAUUAACACAGAUAGUAAAACAAAAAGCAAAAAGAGAAAUAAAAGACGAAAACAGGAUGUGAAUCUUGAUAAUACAAAUAAGAAUGUAAGAGUUGGUGAGUCUGUCAAGGAAAAGAAUAAAAAAUUGCAAAUAUCUGCAAAUAAAUCAGAUAAAACCGAAGUACAGCAGAUAAAACCUAACAAGAUAUUAAAACUGAACGAACAUAAGAUAAAAGUCAAUCAACUAGAAAAAAUACUCACUAACAAGUUGCAAACAAAGCAAAUUGUGCAACCACUUACAUUGAGGGAAAGAAUGAUGACACAGUUGAGAGCAUCUAGGUUUAGAUUUAUAAAUGAGACACUGUACAACAAUGAUAGCUCAGAAUCUAAGCGUUACUUUAAAGAAGAUCCUGAUGCUUUUAAAGCUUAUCAUGCGGGAUAUAAACAGCAGCUUGAACAGUGGCCAGUAAAUCCAUUAGAUGUUUUAAUAUCAUCGAUUAAAAAAUUGCCAAUUGACAGUGUGAUUGCUGAUUUUGGAUGUGGCGAAGCACGGCUUGCUGCAUCCAUUCCUCAUACAGUACAUUCGUUUGAUUUCAUUGCUCUAAAUGACAAAGUUAAGGCUUGUGAUAUGGCUCAUACUCCAUUAUUAAUGAACAGCGUUCAUGUGGUUGUGUUUUGUCUUUCUCUAAUGGGAUCUAAUCUUAAUGAUUAUAUAAUAGAAGCUAAUAGAGUUCUUAAAAACAAUGGUAUUUUAAAAAUAGCUGAAGUUGAAAGCAGAUUUGAGGAUGUAGGAAAUUUUAUAAAACUGCUGCGUAGUUAUGGCUUCAGAAAUACAUGGAAAGAUUUGUCUCACAACUUGUUUUAUUUUAUGGAUUUCAAAAAAGAAGAAGAUAUAAGCAUAAAAAGGAAGAAUCUUCCUCAAAUUACACUGAAAUCAUGUUUAUAUAAAAAAAGAUAAUGUUUCAUUAUAAUAUUCAUUCAUAUUUUAUUUUUUUAUGUA